GAGCUUGUUGUACCAGUUCUUGUGCGAUGCGGAGACCAUUUCAUGGUCACUUGCUGCCUCCAAGCUGCUUCUGCUGGUAGAGAAUGGGGCAGGGCUGAGGAGGGCGGCCUAUGAGUGCCAUCUGAAGCAGUUGUUCAGGGAGGAGCAAGAGGAGGAGGAGGAGGAGGAGGAAGAGGUGUUGUGCACCCUCUCGACAUUUGUAGUUGCGGCCUCGCUAGCAGUCUCGGAGUCGAUGAUCUCAGCGUCGAUGAUCUAUGUGCACUUCUAUGCAUCAAUCCCACCGAUUCCUGUGAGAGUGAGAUUGAAGAUUUUAUCUGUAAAUUUCCUUUCACUGCAGGCCUCCAUCAAGGAGUAGUUGAUAAGGAGCAGGAAAUCUGUACACAAACUUAACAGAGCGGAGGACGACUCAUGGGGCAAACAAUUGGGGUUCUUGAUUGCAUCUAUGAAAACAUGCUUGAGAAAUAUGGACCUUGGCAGCGUCGUGUUCUCAUGGUCGGCUUGGAUAAUGCUGGAAAGACAACAGUGCUGUUUACUCUGAAGUCUCGGAACGGAGAGAAGCCUGCACCUCCUGCUCCGAACACAAUGGGGUACAACGUAGAAAUGGUACGGCACCAAGGCAUAAUGUUUAGCUUGUGGGAUCUCGGAGGCCACUCUACGAAUCGCGUUGCUUGGCUGCAAUUACUCCCUGACACCCAGGGGCUUAUAUUUGUCGUGGACAGUAAUGAUAAGAAAAGAAUUACCGAAGCACGAGAUGAGCUCCAUAAGUUGCUGAAAAAUGACGAGCUGUCGGGUGUUAGAUUGUUGGUGCUGGCUAACAAACAAGAUCUCGACGAUAAAUUUACCACCGAUGAGAUCACGGAAAAACUGCAGUUGCGGACUUUGCCCUUUGACGUCUGGUGGCACAUCCAGGAGUGUUGUGCUACCAGCGGAGAUGGUCUAAGCCAGGGCCUUGAUUGGCUCGCAUCUGCUCUAGCGAAUCCUCAAGUGACGGAUCUGAUCCAACCUUUGUACGAUUACAGACUUCAUCAGCAGACAGAUACCUUGGAAGAUUACCAACGGGCGCUCUCUUCUGACGACGUAUCUUCUGCGCAAAAGUCCGCCAAAGGUUCAUCAGAAGCGUCGUUCAGCUCGUUUGACUGAGCUGUAGUAGAAUUAUGUAUCCAUUGAGCACGAGGAGGAGGUGGCAGUCCGAUCUUGUGCUUGUUUCGAACUCCCCACGUAUUUGCAGUUAGACAGAGCUUUUGCGGAUAAUGUCUGGUAUGUAAGAAAGCGUCUUGAGCUCGAAAUCGCACCUGAGCUAGCCCAGUUUUAAAGACAGCGGUGCACAGAGGGUCAUCUCCGCUCAUGCUUUGCAUCGUCCGACCAUUGCGAACGGAAGAUUAGCAUCUCGAUGAUGUGGACGAAGACUGGAUUGCACUUCAUUUCGCUAUUGAAGAGGUCUUUCUUCGUGACCCGGAGAGCAUUCAAGAGACAUAGGUUUCUAGGUAGACUCUCACUCACUUUAAUUCCUUAGAUAGAUCGUACAUAGUUGGACUUCUGUACAGAAUCGAGUUUUUAGGUUUUCAGCAUAUUAAAUGGACAUUGUACAUAGGGAAUGUGGUUCCGAGUCCUGAACGCAUCUUGGAGCUGAUCUGUAUGUAGUAGUGUACUAGAUUAGGUAGUAUAAAACACAAUGGACCACAUAAUCUCUUCUGUAGCUAAGUUACGUUUCUGUUUUGGUCCUUGCCCAUCACAAACAGUUUGUCUUCAUGGAUGGUUUAGAUAGGUAGUGAUAGGUCACGAAAGUAGGUGGAUUUUCUCUCGCCUUGGCCCUUCGCAUAUGAAGAAUAAAAUGAAUAAAGAAACCCGCGGAGAUAUUGGACCUGCUAUGCAUCAUCUCGGACCCGACGUACGUCGACUCCCCUCCCUCUGCUUCUUGGUUAGUUUCAGUGCAAGCAACGUCGCUUUGUUUCCUGAGGUGAAUCUCGUACAUGUGACACCAUGAGGUCAGCCGUUUUCAGCCGUUUUUUUUUAAAAAUCAACCGUCCAUGUAAAAUAUAGAUAAAUAUAAUCACUCUUUUAGUUGCAUUAUUACGUUUGAUAAUGCAAAUACGUAACCUGCUAAGACAAUUGCAGCGACUCUUGAUGAGACUGAAUGAAAUUACG